AUGUCUGACCAGGACUACGGACUUGCUCCUCCAGGCGCCAAACCCUCCGACAGCACCCCGGGCAAACAUCGUGGCCCGCGCUUCACCUGGAACUCGCAGUACGAAGCUACCUUCUUCCGCUCGCUAUGCGAGUCAGUCAACCUGGGUCUGCGCGAAGGCAGCACCUUCAAGCCCCAGGCUUGGGACCGUGCUAUCCAAGCCCUUAUCGACAAACACAAUGCCUAUGCCAACAAGAGUCAUCUCAUCAACAAGAGUGACAAUGCCCGCAAGAAGUACCGCCUGUGGAUUGGCUUGAGGGAGGAUAACUCUUUCUACUACAAUCCACAAAACAGGACAGUGACUGGCACUGAAGAGGCUUGGGCUAGGCAUCUCCAGAAAGAACCAUUAGCUCGCUCGCUCAAAGGUCGACCUUUCGAACACGAAGAAUAUUACGAGAUCCUCUUCCCUGACGUGCCUGGAUCUGGCGGCGCCCCUAAGCGUCUUACCAAACCUCGCAGGAAAGGACCGGACAGCCUCAAUAGCACCGAUGAAUCGGACGCACCCGGCACAUCUAUCAUGGACAUGCUCACCGACACGAGCUAUCUCAAUCCUGUACAGACGCAUAUUGCGCCGCCUCUUCCGCAGCAGCCUAGUAUUGUCGCGCCUUCUAUGCCGACCCCUCUCCCGGCGCCUUCACAACAGCUUUCACGGCCCCCAGCGGCAAUGGCCCCGCCGCCUCAGCCUCGCGCCUCCCUUCCAUCCACAACCUCUGCACUGACACCGCCAGAAGAGAACCCACAGCAACCAAGGAAGCGCAUGCACGCCGGCGACAACGCCGCGACUACGAAUCAAUCCAUCCAAUCUGACAAGCGUCGGCGCACUGCUCCUCCGAACUACAUCGAUCUUCAGCAACAGCAGACUCAUGUAGCGACCGCAAACAAUGUUAACCACGCCCUGCAUCCUGCUCUCAGCAAUCACGCGACUCAAAGCAGCGGGAGCAGCACUAGCAACAGCACUGGCAUUGCUGUCGCAUCAUCUCACACAGUCGGCACCCACCCGUCGCUCCCAACCGCCCCUCCCGUCGCCAGUGACAUCACAGUUCUAGCCGAGGCUCUCCGUGGGGCCAAGGCUCGCCCUACUUGGCAGGAACAGGCUAUGGAGAUCUUGUUUGGGGAUUUCCGCGAGGAGGACCCCGACUUGCAGAUCAAAAUCGCCGAAAAGCUGCUGACGGACGAGAACAAAGCGAUGUUUUUCUGCAAGAUGCCAGAGCCAUUGCGGAAGCACUGGGUUAAGCGCCUUAGAGAGGUGCAUAAUAAUCGUGUUUCUUAA